UCAAUUAUUAUUCUCAUUUCAUUAUCUAUCUCUUCUCAAUUAGGUCAAAUCGCUUACAUAAAAUUCAAACCUCUCGUUUGCGCGCCAAACACCUGCAAUUUCCAGUAACAAGGAGUCGUUGAGAGAAAAACGAACAAACAAACCGAUGGGUGGUCUCUGCAAAUCCUCGAUAAUGUUCUUCUCCGAUCAGCACCUCUGCUUCGCCGACAUCCUCCCUCCCCCUGAGGUCCGAGCUAGGAUUGAAGUAGCCGUGCUUAACUUCCUGAAGAUAUUGAAUUCUCCGACUCCGGCAAUCUCAGAUCUCUCCCUGAUCGAUAGAAGAUCGAGUAACAGCAAAGUGAGUCGAGGAUUGUUGACUGACGUUUCGUGGAUUUUUCUCUCUCACUCGUUUUGCACGAGGUCUUUGAUGAGAGCUAACACUGCGAAAGCUUUCAUUAGAGUCUGGAAGGUAAUGGAGAUGUGCUACCAGGUUCUGGUUCAGGAAAAGAGACUGACUCAGAGAGAACUAUUCUACAAGUUGCUUUGUGGUUCACCUGACUAUUUCACUUCCCAAUUACAGGUCAACAGGACAAUCCAAGAUGUGGUAGCAUUGCUUCGUUGCAGCCGUUAUAGUCUUGGAAUCAUGGCGUCUAGUAGAGGAGCCGUUGCUGGCCGCCUGUUGCUGCAGGAGCCAAACCAAGAAGUUGUGGACUGUUCUGCUUGUGGAUCUUCUGGAUAUGCUAUAUCUGGUGACCUGAAUUUGUUGGAGAAAUUAGUCAUGAAAACCGAUGCACGUUACAUUAUUGUGGUCGAGAAGCAUGCCAUAUUCCAGCGGCUAGCUGAGGACUGCAUAUAUAAUCAAAUCCCAAGCAUUCUCAUCACAGCCAAAGGAUAUCCAGAUAUUGCCACAAGGUUUCUCCUACAUCGAAUAAGCAGGACUUUUCCAGACUUACCUAUAUUUGGGCUGGUUGAUUGGAAUCCAGCAGGAUUAGCAAUUCUCUGCACCUUCAAGUUUGGAAGCAUAGGAAUGGGCCUAGAGGCAUACAGAUAUGCUUGCAAUGUCAAGUGGCUGGGAGUGCGAAAAGAUGAUCUAGAACACUUACCAGAACAAUCUUUCAUCCAACUGAAACCAAGGGACCUACAAAUAGCCAAAAGCAUGGCGUCCUCUGAGAUUUUACCGGAUAAUUACAAGGAAGAGUUGGCUGUGAUGGUGGAGAGUGGAAAGACAGCAGAAAUUGAAGCACUCUACUUCCAUGGAUACGAUUUCUUGGGGAGGUACAUAGCAAAGAAAAUUGUACAAGCCAAUUACAUAUAGUUGAAAACACGAACAGAGAAAGCAAAAGUAAACACAAUUAGAAGGAAAGAUGCAAGUGAAGUAGAUUUUUUGCUAAGAGUUCCAUGUGACAGAGAGAGGAUCAGUGCAGAGAAAGGAACUUGUUAUUGCCGCAGGAUCAAUGGUUUUGGUUACCCUCGUAUUCAUCGUAGAAGGGAUUAAUAAUAGGAUCCAUCAUUCUAUUGUUCGCUUGAAGUAUGAAAUUUUCGGGGUAAUCACAGCAGCUAUUGUAGUUGGCCGAAUUAUGCCCGCCCAUGAAUUGCACCUACAUUACUGCUAAACACCAAGUAUGAAGUCACUAUGGCUGGCACAGCUC